GAAGAUGGAUGAUAAGGUGACUGCAGAAAGUCCGUCGGAAAGAGGAGAAACCGCCGACACUUCAGACACCAAAGAAUCAGGUGGGAUUAUAAAAGAUGAAUUUCAAGAAAAAAAGAAAAAUGGCAAACAAAGGGAGUCCACAAUGCCAGAAGAAAAGCAAUCAGAGCCAAGGAUGACCAAGAAGUUCCUCAAAGACCACUGCAAGAUGAACAAACUGUACUCCACACCAUGUCUGAAUGACACUCUGUAUCUGCAUUUCAAGGGUUUCUCCACCAUUGAGAACUUAGAGGAGUACACAGGGCUCAAGUGUCUCUGGCUGGAAAGCAAUGGGCUCCGGAGGAUUGAGAACCUGGAUGCUCAAACUGACCUUCGCUGCCUGUUCCUCCAGCAGAACCUCAUUUACAAGCUGGAAAACCUGGAAUCUCUGAAGAAACUCUGCACCCUGAAUGUCUCCAACAACUACAUCCGCAUCAUGGAGAACAUCGCCUGCCUUCCUCACCUCAGCACUCUGCAAAUAUCCCAUAACAAACUGGAGAGUGUAAAGGACAUAGAUCAUCUGACUCAGUGUCCGGCCAUCAGUGUGCUGGACUUGUCUCACAAUCUGUUACACGACCCCGAGAUCCUCCAUGUGCUCGAGGCGAUGCCAGAACUGCGAGUGCUGAAUCUGAUGGGAAACGAGGUGGUGAAGAAAAUCCCAAACUACAGGAAGACGAUGAUUGUACAUCUUAAGCGGCUCACCUUCCUCGAUGACCGCCCCGUGUUCCCCAAAGACAGGGCGUGUGCGGAGGCAUGGGCCAAGGGAGGCCUGGAGGGGGAGCGAAUGGAGAGGGGAGAAUGGGAGACACGGGACAGAAGGAAAAUCCAGGAAAGCUUGGAUGGAAUGGCGAGGAUUCGUGAAAAGGCGCAGGAGAGAAAACGCCUGCGAGACUUUCAAGAGAAGGGGGAAAUAGAAUCAGCCCCAACUCCAGUAAUGUUUAAUGAGGAAAACAACUCCAAGUAUUUAUCUUCCUCUAAAGCAGAGACGGGUCAAGACUUCAUGCAGGACGGCCUGAAAACUCGUGAAGAUUUUGUUCAGUGUCAAAUAUUUGAACAGCAGGUUGGCGUUAUUGAGGCAAACAGCCGAGAUGUAAAAAUUGAUCAAUCGCAGAAUAAGCAUGAAACAGAAGAGGAAGUAUUGGAGAACUCACUACAAGAUGGGCAGAUACUGCAGACAGACGUGGGAGAAGAAAAGCAUAAAUUAAUGAAGAAUAACAAAGAUAAAGAUGAGCUUACAUCAUCACAUGGUCCUGGACCAUUAGCUACAGAGCUAGAGGAUGAAGAGCAGCUGGAAACCAUUCACCUUCCCAUUAGCCGUUCACUGCGUAUCGACGAGCUCCCAGACUUGGAAGAUGUGGAUCCAGGAGACCUCACUGGAAUGAACCAUCAGCAGGUCUUCAGGCCAAAAACAGAAGUCAUAUCGGGAGGCCGUGAUGAGGAGACACCAACUGGGAACCAGAGCGGUGGCAUCUUCAGCUUUGGUCACAAUGGGAAAUCAUUGUUUGUAAUAAGCGACUGCAACAAAACAACUGGGCUCUCUCAUAAUUCAACAUCACUGGUCUAUCCAGAGGAUGAGGAAGUUGUUACCCACAACCAAGAACCUAAAUCCAGUCAGCCUUCCCCAGUAAAAAGCUGCCUGAUUGAGGAACUGGACUGAUACCUUCAGAUGUAAACAUGGUAUUUUUAUACAGGACUAGCCUCCUGUGGGUUUAUAUGAAAUCUGAAAACUUUAAUCUGAAACCCAAAUGUAGCAGUAAGAAUAGAGUUGGAAAUGACCUUUUGUCUUUGCAUAUUAGGGUUCAACAUCAGUUUGUGUGGCUACAAGUUUUAACCCCAGUUUUAGUGAAAACGUUGAAAUCCAGUCUUAGUUCAUUUUUAUUUCAGUUCUGGCAUUAAUAAAAACACAGAACAACACU